GGGUUAGGACCAUGUGGGGUUGAGAGAGAGAGAGAGGGCAAGCGUGGUAGCUAUCAUUUCUCUUCUGAGACCGUAGUUGACAGCCUUGGGAUCGAAGGCAUGGAUUUUAAUCAUGGCUCGGAGGAAGUAUAAUCAUCUCCCUGUAAUUGCAGAGAGUGCAAAAAAGCUAGCAUAUACCCAAAGACAAAGAGAAAGAUAAAGAUCAGAUAGAGAAAGAGAAAAGAAUUAAAGUCAGAGAAGGGUAUGGAGCUGAAUAACUCAUACGCUCUCUUUCUCUCUCUCUCUCUUUCUUUCUUUCUUUCUUUCUUUUCAAGGCUCUACUUUAAUAAGAUGUAAACUUGAAAGAGUAAAGAGCCAAAAAAAAAAAAAAAAAACUCAGAAAAAGUGGCUGAAAAGCAAAAACACAAGCUAUGUGGGAGUCACCUGAUGAAUCUGUGUUUUUCUUUGAAUAGAGUGAGCGAGAUUCCUGGAGCAAAGAAAGAAAAGCCCUAUCUAGUUAAAAUUGUAAUUUAGUCCUAUCUUGGGAUUUUCAAGCUUUUUUUUUUUUUUUUUUGGUCACUAAACAAUAAUAAUUCCCCAUCAUGGAGUCGGCAAAUCUCCAUCACCACCACCAACACCAGCUUCAAGACCAGCGUGCUUCCUCCACUUCUUCUUUAGGCUCAGCUGCCCCAUCUUGCUAUGGAUUUGGAAACAACAACCAUUUUUGGACCUCCUCAAGUACUACCACCACCAACAACACUGCUUUCAUCGGACACUCGAAUCCAAAUUACAAUGGAAGACAGAAAAGUAACAUUCUAGUCUCUCCUCUAAAUAAUUCCAUGGUCCCAGACAUGGGUUUUCACUGGACUGAUAAUGCUGGAGCCCAGAGCUUCUCAAGUCAAUCAGCUCAUGAUCUUCAACAAACGAAAAUCAAAGAAGAGCAACCUUUCCCAAAAUUCACAGAAUUGCUAAAUGGCCCUUCGAAUAUGGAUGAAUACUAUUUUCUUCCACAGAUGAUAAAAAACGAGCACAAAGAUUUGAGUGAACUGAGUGAGAAACUUUUGCUCAAGACUUUAACUUCUAGUUGUCAAAUCAAUGGCCAUCAGAUUUCAACUGGGGAUUUUUUAUCUAAUAAUAAUAAUAUGAAUGGUGCUGUGGGAGUCCAUUAUGGAAGAGGGCAAUUCAGUCAGAUUUAUCCCAGUAUAAACAUUUCAAACUUGAACCAAUCGUCGUCUUCUUCUUCGUCGUCGCCCACAACUAGUACUGCAUUAUCAUCGAGCUGCAGCUCCUUGAAUAUGAGCUUGAGAGCAUUGGAUCAUUUAGCCUCUUCAACACUUAGUGGGAGUAGUCUUGAUCAUCAUAAUCUUGGAGGCGUUAAUUCUUCUUUUGGUCUUGAUCAGAUGCCGCAACCGCAUCAUAGGCUAUCAUGCUCUGCCCACCGUAAAGUUGUCUCGUCGUUCAACAAUGAAGUAAUAGAAGCGAAGCGACCCGCGGGUAGUUCGAUGGAGACAAAGGGGACUCAAGCUUCACAAAAGAAGUCAAGAUUGGAGUCAAGAACUCCAUGCCCACCUUUUAAGGUUAGAAAAGAGAAAUUAGGAGAUAGAAUCGCAGCGCUUCAGCAAUUAGUGGCUCCUUUUGGAAAGACAGACACAGCGUCCGUGUUAAUGGAAGCUAUAGGAUACAUCAAAUUCCUUCAAAACCAGGUCGAGACUCUGAGCGUCCCAUACAUGAAGUCGGCGGCACGCAACAAGUCCUAUAAAACAAUGCAAGGGGGUCCAAAAGGGAAUGGAAAUGAAGAAGCAAAGAGAGAUCUGAGAAGCCAAGGACUGUGUCUGGUGCCAUUAUCAUGCAUGUCAUACAUGACAGGUGAGGGUGGCGGAGGCAGUGUUUGGCCACCGUCUAACUUUGGAGGAGAAACUUAAUGACUUCCUAGUUAGUCCUGUAUCAUACAUAAUCAUAUAUAUAUUAGAGCAUAUAAAUUGUGCUGGGCAACUUUGUACUGCUUAAUUCUUUUUAAAGCCCAUUAUUAUUUAAAAAUGUAUUCCUCUAGCUAGCUUAAUGGAGCAAAUUUGGUCACCUGGCAAAAUGGAGUAAUCAGGAUGGACCAAGUUUGAUCCAUUAAAAAGGUCAUGUAACAUUAUAAUUAUUAUAUGUAUUAUAAACCUUCUUAAUUAUUUCAAAUAAUUCAUGCAUGCUAAUUUAUCC